AUGUGGAACAACCUAUCCUUUGAUGUUCUAUCCUUCAUCUUCUCUUUUCUCUCCCCUGACUCCUUAGCAAGAGCAAGAUCAACUUGCAAGAAUUGGCACACAUGUGGAAGUAAUUUCAUAACCCAAUUCAAGCCUCAUGAGAGUAAACCAUGGUUCUUAGCACUACCAAUUAGAAGUUAUCAAAAAUCAUGUUGUUAUGCUCACAAUCCCAUCACAAAUAAUUGGUUUGAAAUAUUCCUAGAUUUCUUUCCAUUCACAACAACACUUAAACCAAUUGGUCCAAUUGGAAGCCUUAUCCUUUUAAGGGUCACAAAUUCCACAACACUUCAAUUGGCUCUUUGUAACCCUUUUACAAGACAAUUCAAGUACCUUCCUAAAUUACAUGUUUCAAGGACUAAUCCAGCUUGUGGAGUUGUUAUUUUGGAACCAAACAAUUUUUGUUACUUUCCUAAUUUUAGAAUCUACGUGGCUGGUGGCAUGUCCGAGGCUAAACACGGUGGUGCCACGUAUGAACAAACCGUGGAAAUGUAUGACUCAUGUGUUGACACGUGGAAAAUUGUUGGAUCUAUGCUAGUUGAAUUUUCAAUUAGGCUCACGGUUUGGACCCCAAAUGAGAAUGUGUGUGUUGAAAGAACAAAAGGAACAACGUUGUAUUGGGUAACCUCGGCAAGGGCAUAUAGUGUGAUAGGAUUUGAUGUUGGCAAUAGUUGUUGGAGGGAAUUUGGUGUGCCUCUUGGGGAUAAGCUUGAAUUUGCAAAUCUUGUGAGAUGGAAUGGAGGGUUGGGAUUAGUUGGUGGCACGUGUGGUGGAAAUGUUUGUGUUUGGGAAAUGAGUGAAGAGGGUGAUGAUAAGUGGUGUUUGGUUAAUGAGAUGCCGGUUGAAUUAGGGUUGAGAUUGUUGUGUGGGAAGAGAAAUUGGGAAGGUGUUAAGUGUGUGAGUGAUGAGGAUGCUAUUUGUUUGUAUAGGGAAUUUGGAUUUGGAAUGGUGAUUUGUAGAAAAGAUAGAGAUUUGGGUAAAUGGGAAUGGAUUUGGGUUGAUGGGUGUGGUUACAUAAAGGGGAAAAAAGUGCUUAUUUGUCCAAUAAGAGGAGUACUUGUUCAUCCAACUCUUGCUUCCUCCUCUUUUUUUCUUUGA